ACUUAGAAUUGUUCGUCACGUAUCACUUGUAAAGCUCUACUGCCGAAACGUACAUCAACAUGGAAAGAUGGAAAGGAAAAGUGGCCGUCGUGACAGGUGUCUCAUCUGGAAUUGGCGAAUCUCUGGCAAUACAGCUGGUCGAAGCCGGGUUAAAAGUGGUGGGUCUGGCGAGACGUAAAGACAGAGGCGAAGAACUAGGUAAAAGACUGAAGGGUAAAGAAGGGGAGUUCCACUUCAUUCAAGCAGACAUUUCCAAAGAAGAGGACGUUUUAAGUGCCUACGCAUGGAUAGAAAAGAAUUUGGGCGCGGUUCAUAUUCUGGUGAACAACGCCGGUGUAGCAUUACAAACGUCUCUGGUGGAUGGGGAUUUCAGCGUGUGGAAGCAGAAUUUGGACACCAACGUACUGGGGCUCUGCGCGAUGACCAGGGAAGCCAUUAAAAGUAUGAAAAAAAAUAACGUGGAUGGUCACAUUGUACACGUGAACAGCUUAUCCGGACACAGAGUCCUUUUUCAUUCCAACUUGAACGUCUACGCUGCUAGCAAGUACGCCGUUACCGCACUGACAGAAACUCUUCGACAAGAAUUGAUCUCCUUGGGCAGCAAAAUUAAGAUAUCUUCUGUAAGUCCAGGAAUGGUGUACACCGAGAUGGUGAGCGAUCGACCGAUUGAUGGAUUGGUGGCGCCCGACGCCAGUGGCCAUUCGCUUUUGGAACCCAAAGACGUGGCAGAUACCAUCGUUUUCGUACUUGCCACACCUCCCCACAUUCAGAUUCAUGACAUCCAAAUGAGGGCUCGGGGACAAAUUCCUUAAAUGCUGUGUGACGUGAGCAGUUACUAAAGUCAAAAGAAACCAAAUUAACUCAAAUUAAAGAAAAUUUCAAAGCCAAAAA